UUUUAAACGCCGAGAAGGCGGUGAACAAAAAUGGUGGCCAGUUGUUACAUGUGGGUUGAGGUCUUCUGCUAAAUUGUUUCAAAACAUUUACUUUUUCUUCUUUGGACAUUGAUUCUUUGACGAUUACGACUGACACUCACCCUGAGGGAAAAUGUCGACUGCAUAUCCGGAGCGUGACGACCCGAGAUUCAGAAUAACGCCCUUCCAACAAAUGGCUUCGUCCUGCACCGGCGCUCUUUGCACUUCAUUAUUAGUCACUCCGCUGGAUGUUGUGAAGAUUCGCCUUCAAGCUCAACAAAAAGCGCUUCUGUCAAAUAAAUGUUUUCUCUACUGUAAUGGUCUGAUGGAUCACCUCUGCCCCUGCGUAACUUCUCCAGGGGGGCCUACAAAUUGGUAUCAUAGAAAUGGUCAAUUUAAUGGAACUAUUGAUGCGUUUGUCAAGAUAUCUCGGGCAGAAGGAGUGUAUUCCUUAUGGAGUGGCCUUGGUCCGACACUAGUUUUAGCAGUACCAGCUACUGUUCUAUAUUUUGUAGCAUACGAACAAAUCCGAACAAGAGCCAAAGACAUGCAUUCAAAGCGAAUUGGCAGGACUGAACAACCCUUUUGGAUCCCACUUUUAGCUGGAGCUUCUGCCAGAGUUUUAAGUGCAUCAGUUGUUAGCCCUCUAGAGCUUAUUCGCACUAAAAUGCAGUCUAAGAAACUUACUUACCUUGAGCUUGGUAGCACACUUCACUCCCACAUUCAGGUGCAUGGAAUCGUCCCAGGUUUAUGGAAAGGAUUAGGUUCUACCCUAUUACGGGAUGUACCAUUUUCAGGAAUAUACUGGCUUAACUAUGAAGGAUUAAAAACACUUUUUAGCCAGCAAUCCCCAACAUUUGGCUUUAGUUUUGCUGCUGGUGCAGUUGCUGGUGCAGUCGCAGCUGUAUGCACCACCCCAUUUGAUGUUGUCAAGACCCAUCAGCAAAUUGAGAUGGGAGAGAAGCAACUCUAUGCAGAUUUAGAAACAGGAUCAAAGCAAAUAUCUGGGGACAAAUCAAUGCAAGAAAAAGCAACCAGGUCCAAGACAACGUUUGGUAUUUUACGUCAAAUCUGGCAGCAAAAUGGAGUGUCUGGUCUAUUUACUGGUGUUGUGCCCAGAGUAGCUAAAGUUGCUCCCGCAUGUGCCAUUAUGGUGGCCACUUUUGAAUAUGGCAAAGGAUUCUUUGAAAGCUAUAAUGCAGAAAAAUACUUCAAUAACCAAAGGUUGAGUCUUGAAUGAAAUACUGUAGGUAGAAGAAGAGAGGAGUGUUUUCCAAAUCUGUGAUAACCAUGCAACUUAAGAGACACGUAUGCUCUUACCUCCAUACCCUGACUCGCAUGGCACCAAUAUAGUUGCUGCAGGGGCACCGUACUAUUAAAAUUCUCUCAUUUCACCAAACGAUGGAGUUGACAAUUGACAAUAUUUGUAUUGUACAGUCAUAGUUUAACUGUAAAAUGCCCUUUUGCAAAAGGAUACAGUUCAUUCUUGACUUUGUUGAGAUUCAUUUUGUGGAUCGUGUGUCGAUUUGAAUGUAUAUUACAUUAGUUGUUAGGUAAUAGUGACAAAUAAAAAGAAAUUAUUUUAGUAA